AUGGGCAGAGGCAGAAGAGAUACCUUCUGCACCGCCGAACUACCCCGCUCCGUUGACUCAUUUGACUCAUACUUCAAUAUCUCGCGCGUGUCUUACUUCCCAGGCGAAAUGGCGCACUUGCGAAGGGCCUGCUCUCCUGACUCGCUGGUCAUGACGCCCCUGCCUCAGCCCCUGCCUCCGCAGUAUGAUGGCACUGCUGAGCGGCGCAAGGCGAAGAAGAACAAGAAGUCGAAUAAGAAGAAAAAUAAUAAGAAGACUACCGGGACAGCCUCGUCGCAGCAGACCGGUGGCGUCGAUGAUGAGAAGGUCGACGGGCUUCGGGUUGAAUCUCUUUCUUCAAACGAUGUUGCUGAUAAGGGGGACGUUUUGGAAGAUAAUGAUGCCGUGGCAUCUCCGUUUAUCGUUCAUGGUGAAACGCCUGUCGAUCGCGUGGUUAUUGAUUUGAGUCAGGGUCUGGGAUCGGGUUCGCAGUUGGGUUAUGGAUCUGAAUCGAUCGGGGAUGUCGAGAAAGAGAUCGGUGCCUCAUCUGAAAGUACCACGAUCCGUGAAAUGAGCGUUCGUCGUGAUGAGGAGAGGGUGAAGAAUGAACCAUCGUCUGUCGCAAACAAUGGUUCCGAUCCGUUUGUAUGCCACACACAUAGACGUGUGGCGUGUAAGUUUGACCCCCGAUGCUGUGUGCAUAGAGAUCCAAAGAAUUGUUCGUGUCCCCCUCGUUGGUCGUGCUGUUGCCUGCAUCAUCUGGGAGAUUGCUGUCAUUGCGUGUCUAUCCCUGAUCUCACCACCUAUGACGAUGACGACGUGAACAACAACCAGGACAAGCCUUCAAGCGACCAAGGCCAAGACCCGAGCACGGAGGACAAAGGCUCAGGAGCAAACAACGGGAAAGAGUCGAGCAAUCUCAAUCCCCAUACUCAAGUUGACAACCAUGGCUCAAAAGGUGUUUCGAAUAACAGCAAAGACGAAACAUUGGAAAAGCCUGAUUCUGGUUUUGAGGAGUUGAGUCAAGUGACUGAGGGCGACACGGAGAAAGUCUCAAGUGAUGAUGAUCAAAAGCCCAAGAAAGGCAGCAAGUGUGACAAGAUAAGUGAUGAAAUGGGUGAAAAGAUAAUCGACGACGAGAAUAUGGAUGAUCUCGAUGUUGAAGAAAAGCCUGGGGACAAGGCUAAAGAAAUGCCCGAGAUCAUGGCUGUGGACGCGGCCAAGCAUGAGCCCAGCCACGAGAGCGAAGGCCAGGCCGAGGAUAAGCCCGAGGCCAAGACAGUGGAGAGCAUCGAGCACAAGAAUAGAGACAAGGCUGAGAAGAAAUGUGGUGAUGAAGAAGGCGAGGAAAGGGACAAGACUGAUGAUAGGAAGGAAGCCUCUGCAGAAAAACCGAUGCCUCUGGCCAGCAGGCCUGCCCGGCCAACCGACCUUAUGGGGCCCCUUGCUUCUCAUCUGUUCGCCAAAUUGUUGCGCAAUGAAUACUGCGACUCCAUUAUUGUGCUCCGGUCAGUGACGGAUAACUUCCUGCCAAUGGAAUUUGCCGUACACAAGGUCGUGGCCACUCAAAGUCCGCUGGCUGCUGCCUGCUUUCAUUCCAGUAACCGAAUCUUUGCCGUCGUGCGAGAGAAUUUUGCGAUGAUCAAAGCAUUUGAAUUGGCGUUGUGGAAUCUCUAUGGCCAUCCUCUCGUGACGCGCCACCAACUCAGGGCUUCAACGCUUUCAGCAUACGGUUAUACCCAAGACGCCAGGGGCCAGUUAAACUUCCACGUCAACGGAGCCAUGGCCGAUUUCGCCAUAUGCUAUGCCACUUCGGGCGUCUUCUUUCAGCUGCACAAUGUUGCCGAAGCGGGCUUCACCAUGAUAGCGGAGCUUGUCGAUUGGGAUACGGUCGAGCUUAUUCUCUGCAUCGGCCUUGAGAUCCUCAAAUUUACCGUCAAUCUGGAAGCGGGCGCCGGACCUGGCCACGAGCAAGUACACAACCAGAACAUCGCUCGCGAGCUGCAGGAGAUGUGGGCGCCGAUGGUGAUCAAUGCAGUGUUGGAGUUUGUUUGUAAGUAUGUGAAGGAGACUGAGGGGUUUUCGUUGGUCGCCGGAGCACAGAGCACAGGGAUGCCAGAUCGAAUCCCCGAGUCUCUGAGAACCUUUCCCAGCGCCGUGACGGCCAGGCCCAAGUUGUCCGACGUCAAGUUUGGAUCAUUCUCAACAGUCCACGAACAGAAGCCAGCCAAGGAAGCUGUCAUCUCGUCCGCUAUUUUGAUCAACCUGCCGUAUGAACAACUUGGUUUGACCUUCACAAUUAUGACAGCACGAAACGUGCUGUCGGUGGAGCUAGCCCAGGCGGUGAUCAGCGCAAGGGAGGCACGACGGCUGCAGGCUCUCCUUCUGCUCUCCCAGCAGGGCGGUCCCGGACGCUCUGCUGGAAAUGGAGAGCUGGGGUACCGGGAAUACCUCGCAGGCACCGCGCCAGGGCCACAGACGUUGACCACAGAGGUCGAGCUGUGUCGGGAGUGGGUCGGGUUGGGCGCUGUCUCCGAGCCCUGA